GCACACACCCUCCCACUCGCGCGCACUCGGGCAGAGCCGGCGGGCGGGAGGCGGAGGCACCCUCGGAGCCCGGCGCCCGGCGGGGAGGGGGCGUGCGACCGGGGACCGGCCCCGAGGCGCAGGAUGGAGGAGGAGAUGCAGCCGGCGGAGGAGGGGCCCAGCGUCCCCAAAAUCUACAAGCAGCGCAGCCCCUACAGCGUCCUCAAGACGUUCCCCGGCAAGAGACCAGCGCUGGCCAAGCGCUACGACAGACCCACCCUGGUGGAGCUGCCGCACGUCCGGCCGCCGCCCCCCCCGCCGCCCUUCGCGCCGCACGCCGCGGUCUCCAUCAGCAGCAGCGAGCCGCCGCCGCCGCAGCAGCAGUUCCAGGCGCAGAGCUCCUACCCCCCCGGGCCCGGCCGGGCCGCCGCCGCCGCCUCGUCGUCGUCUCCAUCCUGCACGCCCGCCGCGUCCCAGGGCCACCUGAGGACUCCGGCGCCGCCGGCGGCGUCCCCCGCCGCCUCCUCAUCCUCAUCCUUCGCCGCCGUCGUCAGGUAUGGCCCGGGCCCGGCGGGCAGCAGCAGCGCGGGCAGCGACGGCGCCAGCCUGGAGCUCAGUGCAGAGAGUCGAAUGAUCUUGGAUGCCUUUGCCCAGCAAUGCAGUCGAGUUCUUAGUCUCUUAAAUUGUGGAGGAAAGCUUCUGGACUCCAACCAUUCCCAAUCCAUGAUUUCUUGCGUAAAGCAGGAAGGCUCGAGUUAUACUGAAAGACAAGAGCAGUGUCCCAUUGGGAAAGGGGUCCACAGUCAGACCUCAGAUAACGUAGACGUAGACAUGCAAUAUAUGCAAAGGAAACAACAGACUUCUGCCUUUUUGAGGGUUUUCACUGACUCCCUACAAAAUUACCUGCUCUCGGGGAGCUUCCCGACUCCAAACACCUCAUCGGUCAGUGAGUACGGCCACCUGGCCGACGUGGAUCCUCUGUCAGCCUCCCCCGUGCAUACGCUAGGUGGCUGGACCUCCCCGGCGACCUCCGAAUCCCAUGGGCACCCAUCCUCUUCUACACUGCCGGAGGAGGAGGAGGAGGAAGAGGAAGGCUACUGUCCGAGAUGCCAAGAGCUGGAGCAGGAGGUUAUUUCGCUGCAACAAGAAAAUGAAGAGCUCCGACGGAAAUUAGAGAGCAUCCCAGUGCCCUGCCAGACCGUCUUGGAUUACCUGAAGACAGUCCUGCAGCACCACAACCAGCUCCUGGUCCCUCAGCCCGCCGAGCAGCCCACCGAGGGAAGCAAGCAGCUGUUGAACAACUAUCCUGUCUACAUAACGAGCAAACAGUGGGACGAGGCUGUAAAUUCUUCAAAGAAAGACGGGAGGCGGCUCCUUCGAUACCUCAUCAGAUUUGUUUUCACAACCGAUGAGCUUAAGUACUCAUGCGGCCUUGGGAAAAGGAAAAGGUCAGUGCAGUCAGGAGAGACAGGUCCUGAAAGACGCCCUCUGGAUCCAGUUAAAGUAACAUGCCUCCGAGAAUUCAUUAGGAUGCACUGUACCUCCAACCCUGACUGGUGGAUGCCCUCGGAGGAGCAAAUAAACAAAGUGUUCAGCGACGCCGUGGGGCACGCCCGGCAGGGGCGGGCAGUGGGGACUUUCCUGCACAACGGCGGCUCGUUUUAUGAAGGCAUCGAUCACCAGGCAUCCCAGGAUGAGGUCUUCAAUAAAAAUUCCCGGGAUGGGUCUGGGGAUUAGUGGACAGAAUCUUGACACUAGCAGCUGGUCCUCUCAAGGGUUCCAGUUGUCAGUGUCCUGUUACCAUCACCUGAGAGUCCAAAGCACGUCUUUCUGCCAGACUUGACACAUCUCAAACCUUAAGUCUCUUGACCUACUGCCACAAUUCCCAAAUAGAAAUCCAUUUUAGGGUUGUUUGGGAAGUCUAUGGAACCUACAACAGGCUUUCAGGAUAUUAUAAAAAGAAAAAAACCACAACUGAAUUGAUUCCUAGCUAGACAGUGAGGGUGAAAACAGUAGGUGAGCUGCCAGUCACCUGUCUGAAAUGUCACGUAAGCUCUGCUUCCUGAGCUGAGCUGGUCCCCGCAGGUUAGAGUCCCUGCCCAUAAGAGAAGGUAGACAUGGAGUUAUCUUAAGGGACAACAAACAAACGUUCUCUUACUUUAAUUGAAAAAAGUUGUCUUUUUAUUUUCCAAAGACUUGAAUUCAUACUUCUCAGCAAAAACAUAGGAUAAAUGACACUGAGCUCUCUCAACAUUGACAAAGCCUAUAUGAAAAAGCCAGAAGAGAGGUUACUGCUAGACAAUGACUCGUUGGAAAUCAGGUGGGGUUUUUUCAGUUACUUUAGAAUCCGCCCCCCCCCAAAAAUGGUACCAUGUUGAUCAGAAUGGCACUACAUGAUCUCUGGAGUUCAUAAACCGUAAGUUUUCCUUAGGAGACCUCCAAAGAUCCAAAACCUUUUCAAAUGCUUGAUUUCGUAGGUUCAUAGACCCACAGUUUCCAUAGCCUUAACUCAGACUUUGUUGACACAACGCCAAAGUGAUGGGUUGAGCAAUGAGAAUUUCAAUUGAUUAGUUGUUUGGUGCGCUGGAGACCAAACUAGUGGUCUCACUGAUGGUAUUCACUGAAUUGACCAGAUGUUCUGGAAUUGUAUACACACAGCUUCAAGGCCAUUCUGACAACUAUGCAAUGGGCUUGUCUGUAAUUUCUCUGAAAUGUGAGGGUCUUUCUCUGAGUAGAUCUUUAGAAUUUGCAUAAGCUUCUGUUUCUUGUUGUCACUGAUGAAAAUGUUUCAUCCCAACUGUUUUGCUGUUUUGUGCCUCCUUCCCCACGCCCCUCCCGCACCAUGUUCCCUCGGACUACAAGCUCUGGCUGAGUUCACACUAAACCACUCCCACUUGUUUUCUCCUGUUUAGUUCAUUGAUCUCCAUCCGUGAAAUUAGUACUGUCCUUGAACUGCGAACACCUACGAACUGCGGAGAUGCUAGAAUCUGUUUCUGAGGGCUUCGGGUUUGGACAGCAGGAGCAGCUUCCUCCAGCACACUAAUCCAUUUAUUACAUUCUUUGUCGAGCAUAGGGCUAAACGGGCAGAAGUUAGGUUAUUAAUGUUGUCUGCAAACAUGACUAAGGGUUUGAAAAUUGGUUGGAAAUUCAUUUAAGGUUUAUGAGCAUCCGUUUAUAAAGAGGGGUUUUUGCAACCAUUUUUUGUGAGGCAAUAAAUUAUCCUUUAUGUUCAGUAAUUAGCACCAACUCUAUGCACGGUCCUGGAAAUAGGUCUGUCCUUAGCUUUUGUUAGGAUUCUUAGUUUCAUCCAUUGGAAAGUUUAAUGUUUAUAGAGAUGGUCCUUUGUCAGAUCUGUUCAGUGGUGUGGGGAGAACUAAUGCUUCAAUCCUGUUUUGGGCAAGUUAGCAAAAAUGUAUGGAUAAAGGAAAUGAUAAGGGCAAAUGUGAUGUUGGUUAGAGGAACCAGGAGGCUACUGUCUUUGGCUAUCCAAGGAAGAAGGAGACUUCAAAGAGUUUUCAGAGGUCUGAGAAGUCAAUGCCUUACGAGAUCCUUUGGUGACAGGAAAUCUUGGCCAGAUACAAACUAUCACCAUAACCUCCUCUGUCUUUCCAUCUUACCUUUGCUUUCUUGCAUUAGGUUUUAGUUAUCCUUACUGCUGAGGACAAUGUCCUUUUCUUCCUUUAGCAACAAUGAUUUGACCACUGCUCAAAUAAAACUUCCAACUUUUCUCUUUCCUGCAAGCUUGAAAAUUCAGCAUGUUUUCACAUCUAAGCAUCAUCGUGGAGCCCUGUGUUGUGCUGGUCUUGACUUGGGGGGAUGCUGAGAGCGUGUCUGCCCUCACUCUCCACAGCUGCUGCAAGAGAGGGUGACGGGAACCUUCGGUUUGGCUGUAAUUAGCAUCACCUGAGAAGGCUACUAGGGUAGAUCUGCCCCCCAGGGCACAUGGUUGCACACAGCCUUUGCUCCACAGGCACCCCGGUCUCCCCCCCGUCCCCCCCAUUCCAGGUGAAUUACUUGUUUUCCAGUAUUUCACGAAUUCCACAACAUCAGGAUUACAUGUUGGCCAUCUCUUAGCCCAUGAGGAAACGGAGACCCAGGCAGAGGACUGGCUUCCUCAGCAUUGCACAGCCAGUUCGAGUGCCUCACCCGGGGCCUAAGAUCCGCAGCCCAGGGUCGAGUGUUCCACGGCUUUCUUCGCCCUGUGUGUGUAGCUAGAUUUGUUUAGCCUAGCCCUGCCUGAGCCGGAUGGUGACAGUCACUUGGGUUGUGACACAGAUGCUCUGCCGUGCCGCCACCUAAGCUUUCCGGCUGCUGCGCGAACCUGCUUCAUGGUGGGGGCCUCAUGGUCACCUCACUUUUAAAUCAGGCCUCACAAAGGAUGUUCACGUGUUUUUGGUGAGACCCGUGUGCCAUCUACAGAGCAAGACUGGAUGCUGUUCUGCUGCUCCGUCUUCCUUUCUGUUCUCUUCAGAGACCUGAGGGCGUUGCUUAUUUUCUUGAGUUGGUUCUCUACCUUUUUUUGGCAAUUGGACAGAUUGCUCAUGACUGGAAACUCAGUCUCGCGUCAGCGUGCAGACCCCUCCUUGAGUCCUUUCAGCACUGGUAUAAAACGAUUGAAUGAAAGCCACUCAGUUUGCAGCUGUGCUCCGUGUCCUCGAUGAGGGAGGGCGGUCACAGGGCUCGCGCGACACGACAGGCUCAACUUGGCCUUGUUACCCGUACUAGGCGUGCUCCACGAUCACAGCAAUCGGUAAAGUCCUCAGCAGUGACAGGGUCCUGAUGUGUCCUGUGAUUUCCCAAAUCCAAACGCUACCACAGAGAGUAUGCCUACUUUCCAAACUGACCUGAAGGCCCAGAGGCCGUUCCACUGGGCUCAGGAUAACCCUCCAGUGACCCACAUCGGAGGAUGUAGGCCAGGGAGCUGUGGAGGGGAGCACUGUUGUCUGAGAGUUUUCCUGGAGGCGCACUUCUCACUGUCUCUUGAAGGUGCGCUGGUCACGGUGUCAUGGGUUAGUAACCCUACUGUUAAAUGCUUUGGAGGAAAUCUGUAGACGUGAAGGUUUGUUCCUUCCCUUUUUACUUGAAAACAUUUCAUCCAGCCCUUGAAACUGGCCAUCUCUCUGUUAGCGUUGCCAGUUUCCACCACAGGGUUCAGGUUCCUGUCACCAUUGGUGUUUCGGAAGGUUUUACUAGGGAGGUAGGAGGAUAAUGACGGUGCGUGUGCACAAAAUUGCUGCCCUCUCGUUUGGUGAGGGAAUUGAGAGAGGUACGUAGCUACUUCACAGCUGUAGAGCAAGUGGGUGAAUUUAUAUUCUGGAUCUUUCUUGUCCCUUCAUGAGUCAUAAACACAUUGACCUAAGAGAUUUAUCAGGAUUAUAGAGGUAUAAAUUGUUACCGUGUAUUAUUUGGUCCAACUACUCCACAUGUCAGAUGUGUGGAAUGGUUUCUGUAGUCCAGUAGCUAUUCUUGUAAUAUGAGACAUUAUCCCCAAGUCUAGACAAUAAUGCAAACUUGGGAAUCCGCAGGUUUGUGAUUUCUACAUUUCCUACCACCUUUAAUCUUGUCCUCCCUCCUGUUGCUCUCAGAAAAUGGAUGGAGCGUCAUGUGAGAUGAAACAGGCACAAUUUUCAGAAAAUCAAGCCUACAUUUGCCUUCAUUUGGAUUUUAUCAUACAACCUGUGCUCUAGUUUCUAAACCUAAUACCCACCGACUACCUCCUUAUUUUUUUCUUAGAUUUCAGUUGUUUGUUAAGAUCUCAUUCUCGGAUAACUUUAUUUUUAGAAAAGAUUUAAACCUGACUUUUCUCAUUCAGUGCUAUGUCGUUUCACAGGACAGAUCUAUAAUUUUGACAGCUCUCAUACACAAAUUUCUAGAAAUGUAAUAGAAAACAAUUUUGCACAUAUGGUGCAAGUCUUGCUGGUGUAAGUUUAAUGUGGCGACACUUGCCAUAACUGCUUGGCAAUACGUGUCAACUAGAACGCCUGAGUCAGAACUCUAAUGUCCAUGUGUCUAAACAGCGGUAUGUAUCAUUAUGAUAUAUUUUUGUAAACAUAGCGAUGGCUUCUUUCAAUCGUAUAAGUACUGAAUAAAAGUAAUCACUUCCCUUGGAAUAAUGUAGGAAAAUGCCCCCCAGCUGAUGGCCCUCCGCAACGUUACUUGCAUCGUCAGCCAGUGGCAUUUGUGUCUUUGAGAGAGUGAAGGAUGGAUAGCCAGCAGUGUGGAGGGUGAGACAGUCACGCCACCGGCCCUUGCCUCCUCGUGUGUAAAAUUCAAAACCGUGACCAAUAGCGCUCUCGCCCUCCGUCGUAUGUUCAAUUGCAGGAAACGUUGAGAGGACUGGGCUUGCUUCCCCCAAUGACCAGUUUGGUCAGUUUGCCUCCUGAAGCACCAAAUUGACCAAAUCUUUGUGGUAAAGUGGCCAGAGAAGUUUUCCUCAUGACCAUCCAUAGCUGACUGACGCGAGGUCUAGGUGUUGGUUGAAUCACAGUUCCCCAAAGUAGAAUGAAAAUACAUCUGCUAAGAAGCCUCCUUCAGAAUAAUUGCCCCAGUACAAAUGGCCACGUUGGGAAACGAUUCAGGCCCACCCCAAACCACUCGCAGCAGCUGUCCUAACUGGAGCUGAUGCCAUUGAGUUCUCGUGUGCCAGGUACCCCGCGAAGCACUUUAACUCAUUCUCUCCUUUGAAUCCUCACAGCCACGCUCGCAGGCGGUCGCUGCUGUUAUCCCAGUUGAUUGCAAGGACACUGCCCGCGGUGCUCCGCUAACAAGAGGAUCACUGGGGGCUUAGUAAGCAGGGUGACUAGUUCAGUUUCCCCAGUAGUCAAAGCAAAGUUCUCAAAGCCCGUCAACACUUCGGAAUGGAUUUUGUCUAAUUAAUGGCAUCAAGGAAAAGAUGUUAUUUGUGCUACUAAAAACCACUUUUAAAGUAUGUUGAUGCUUAAAUAGGACCUUAUAAACCGUAACUCCUCUGGUAACUGCCCGGGUUUCUGCGUAAGAUUUGACUUACGUAAGAUCCUGUGUUGAAGACUAGAAAAAGUUUUAAAGUAGUGAAUAAAUUAAAAUUGCUAAUUUGUUCACAUUUGUUUCAUAGGUUUCCUGUUUAAAAAAAAAAUGCAGGGAUAUAUAAAAGCAAAAAUUGGAAGUCAGUGAAGUGAUAAUCUUUGGGAACUCCUAGAUGUUAGAAAUGGCACUGGGCAUCAGUUAGCUAACGUUUCAUUCACUUUUCACAUUUGUUGUAUUUGUAGCCUUAGAAUUGAUGAGUCUGGUUUGGAAGAGAGGGAUUUCAUUUAUGAUGUCACUGUGAGAAUUGUGAAGAUUUUGUAGGAAAAUACAGUCAUCUGUCGAUUCUUGCCUGUAGUGAUGGCUUUAACAUCUCUUUGGCUGUGUUAAGUUCGAGAGCCUGCCAAGGCCAUGCAGGCCUAGCUUGUGUUCCUUGAGAACAGGGCGUGCCAGACCAUGAGAUGGGUCCUGAAACGUUCCAGGUCCCCGGUCCAGCCCGACCCUGCCCAAUGUAAGCAUCGCCUCUCUGUCUCUCCUCUCUGGAACUUCAUGUAGCAGCCUAAACUGGGGCCAACUUGCCUUUACUCUCUUUUCUAUGAUGAACACUUGUGGAGAAACUGUGACAAAUCCAUUGAUCCUGAUAUUUUUAUUGUUGGAGUCUUGUUGAUUCUCUAUGAAUAAUUUCUAUUUGAUUGUAUUGUGUAGAAUUAAUACCCACUAGGGAUAUGUUAAUAAAACUAUAAAUGCAUAGUGUAAUAUAGAAUAGCAAGAUUUUUUUGUGAACAAUUUAUAUAGAAAAGUAAGUUGUUUUUUAAGUGUUAGGCACAUUUCUUUUAGGAACUUAAAAUGUUAUAAGAGUUUUUUAAACAUUCAAUAUUUUUAAUUAUAAGAAACAUUUGUUACUAGAGCCAGUUAUUUCAGGUGUUCUAAUUGGAGUAUUGAUUUUAUUACCUCAUAUACCUCUAGAAUGCCACAUGUUCUGUUGGAGAUAAAAUUGCACAAUA